AUGCUGAAACAAUUGCAAAUGGGCCUUCGCGCGUUCAUGCUAAUCGCAUCCAAAGUAUGGAGUUGUUUUUGUUACAUGUUUAGAAAGCAAUAUCGAGCGUUGGCUCAGCAUCAAUCUGUCAAAUAUGAAAUAUAUCCACUUUCCCCAGUAUCUCGACACAGGCUGAGUCUAGUCAAAAGAAAAAUAUUGGUCUUAGAUUUAGAUGAGACGUUAAUACAUUCACACCACGAUGCGAUGGUCCGGCCGACAGUGAAGCCGGGCACGCCGCCCGACUUCGUGCUCAAAGUGACCAUAGACAAACAUCCAGUCAGAUUCUUCGUUCAUAAACGACCUCACGUCGACUAUUUUUUGAACAUUGUAUCGCAGUGGUACGAGCUGGUGGUGUUCACGGCGUCGAUGGAGAUAUACGGCGCGGCGGUCGCGGACAAACUUGACAAUGGUCGGGGGAUCCUGCGGCGGAGGUUUUACAGACAACACUGCACGGCGGAGCACGGCUCCUACACAAAGAACCUGUCGUCGAUAUGCGACGAUCUAAACAGGGUGUUCAUAUUGGACAACUCACCGGGCGCCUAUCGGGACUUCCCCGAUAACGCGAUCCCAAUAAAGUCGUGGUUCUCGGACCCGAUGGACCUGGCGCUGCUCAACCUGCUGCCGGUGCUGGACGCGCUGCGCUUCACGCACGACGUGCGCUCCGUGCUCUCGCGCAACCUGCACCUGCACCGCCUCUGG